CAACAACGUGCACAACUUCCAAUUGUUGGAAGAGGUCACAUGCUGUCAGGUGCAAUUAUGUAAGCGGUUUGUCAGGUUUGCACUGGAGCUGUCUUGGACCAAUCAUCGGCGACCCUUUUCCACAGACCUGCCAAGGGCCCGGGAAACUUCAUUCGACUGCGAUGAGAGCUUCAAGGUGCAGUCCAUCGACCUUCGACUUAUCUUCGACCAAGCGACCUAGCACCACGGCAUUCUAGGCCAAGUACCCCAGCCCAUUUCCGUCAAGAUGUCUGCCCCUUCGAUGGCCCCGUACAUCCUCAAGCGACCAUGGCUCAAGAGAUGGAUGAUGCCCCUAGCGAAUUGGUACGCCGAAGCUGCCGGAUACAGACAAUUGGGUCUCAAAGCCGAUGAUCUGAUCCCUGAAGAAAACGAUAUUGUGCAGCUUGCGCUCAAGAGAUUGCCACCCAAGGAAGCAUACGACCGCGUGUUCAGACUGAGAAGAGCUUUCCAGUGCUCCCUCGCCCAUCAAUUACUACCUGCCGCGGAGCGGACCAAACCUGAAGAAGACAAAGAAUACCUCAGCCCCAUCAUUCGACAAAUCGAAGCCGAAUUGAAGGAACGCGCUGAUCUCGACUCUGUUACUGUCGAGCGGAAAAAAUAGAAGCAUAGGUUGGGUGGAGUUGACGGAUGAUUCAAUGCAUUAAACUUGAAGCUGGGUUUCAGC